AUGGAAGGAGCGCUCAAGCACUUUUCCUGCUCUCGAUGGACGGAACAGCUUUUACAUGACUCUGCCUACGAGCAGGUACAAACGUAUUCGCGGCUGAAGAAAUUGACGGGGGAAGACUACUAUAUGUCACGUACCCUGAACACACCAUCUACAAUACCUCACUGGAUGACACUUCGACGGCGUGAUUUCAACACCAGGAAGUCUCCAGCCACAUCAAAAUCGACCAAUGAAGUACGAUCCAGCAUCGAAUGGGGGCCCAAUGGUCCACAGAACCCAGAUCUGAUCUUUCUUUUAGCACUGGGCGAGAAAGGCAUCGAUAGUCACCCAUCCACGGCACAUGGAGGAGUACAAUGCGCAAUUCUCGACGAAUGCCUGGGUCUAACGAUCAUGUUUCACUACAAUAGUGCCUUCAAAUCGGGGCCGGACGACACUGGUCCUAAAGACCCUGUCUUCACCGCCAAGUUGACUAUCUCCUUCCAGAGAGCUGUCAAGACGCCUGGAAAUUACGUUGUGAGGUCAUGGCUCACAAAGUAUUUCCCUUAUACGAUGACAGCACCCAGGGAAUAUGUGGCUCUCACUCUGCUCGGCCUAAAUGAAGGCCACUCGCUAGAAGAAAUUGAAUCAUCAUCCGAGGACACAGAGAAGAAUCUCACCUUUACCGAAUGGCGGUCAACACAGAACCAGCGCCUCGAGGGUAUCGUGAUGCCUCUCAUACCUCCCGCCGAAUGCUUUCAGCAGGUAAUUCCGCGCAUGGCUACCCAACCGAGGCCCCUUGGUUCCGAUGCUGUUGCAGAAAUGCCGGCGAAUCUUCUGAGGGAUAACCCGCACCGCGCAUCUUCUCGUGAAAGAAUUUCUGAACGCACCCAGACAAAAUCAAUGGCUAGACGUGCUGAUGCCUCUUUGCCAAAUACUCCAGAGUCCAUGGAUCGUGAUAGCUUCCAAGAUUCUGCUUCAAGCAGUGACAUGUUCAGCACCUUCCUUUCCAUGUCGACAAUUACCGACAACGAAAGGAAAUUUUUUGAGGAAUUGAUUCCAAAUUACAACCCCGAGGAGCGGCUUUCCGAGGCCUUCUUACUGCAGCAUGCGCAACACCGCGAUGCACAUUUCCGAGAAACACAAGUUACGAAAUGGGUUAUCUGGAAGUGA